AUGGACAUCCGGAAUCUAUUCAACGAUUUAGAUGAGACAGUGGUGACCUACCUGCCGGACACAGACGAGGUCAUUCAAGACCACAUCCCAAUGGAGGCUGAGCAGGUGUGGAAGAAGACUACCGUGAAGCGCUUCCUUUAA